CACAUUCUCCGUGACGUCAUUGUCAAAAUACACAUUGAAGCAAUUUCCUGACUCAGAGUCACUCAUUCCUUACAACUCAGUUACAUUGUAUUUUACAGUUGAAGAACUUUAAUUUUCAUUUAAAAGUGUGUCAACAUGCCUUUAGAAUGGCUCUUUGGAAAGAAAAAGACUCCAGAGGAAAUGUUACGACAGAAUCAAAGGGCAUUAACCAAAGCCAUGAGAGAUCUGGAUAGAGAAAAAGCCAAGAUGGAACAACAAGAGAAGAAAGUUAUUGCUGAUAUUAAGAAAAUGGCAAAGCAAGGCCAGAUGGAUGCUGUCAAGAUUAUGGCCAAAGAUUUAGUUCGAACAAGACGUUAUGUAAAGAAAUUUAUUUUGAUGAGAGCAAACAUACAGGCUGUGUCACUAAAAAUACAGACAUUAAAAUCAAAUAAUGCUAUGGCCAAUGCAAUGAAAGGUGUUACAAGAGCCAUGCAAACAAUGAACAAACAGUUGAAGCUUCCACAAAUCCAAAAGAUAAUGAUGGAGUUUGAAAAACAAUCAGAAAUUAUGGAAAUGAAAGAAGAAAUGAUGAAUGAUGCUAUAGACGAUGCUAUGGGUGAUGAAGACGAUGAAGAUGAAAGUGAUGCAAUAGUUUCUCAAGUUUUAGAUGAAUUAGGUUUACAAUUAACAGAUGAAUUAUCAGGUUUGCCAUCAACAGGGGGAACAUUAGCAGCAGGGGCAACAAAACAACCACAAGCACAGGCUGCUGGAGGAGGACCAAGCGAUGCUGAUGCUGAUUUAGAGGCACGAUUAGAAAACUUACGACGACAGUGAAACUGUGAUAAUAUUACGGCUGUGGUGUACAUGGGCAUGACAUUUGUGUAGAAUGAGAGAGCUGUUCAUGUGCAAUAGGGAACAUUUUAUCAUUCAUUAAUCUUCACAUAUGUAUUCUUGGCAUAAACUGAAGGAGCUCUGGGAAUGCAUUAUCUGUAUUAUCUGUCAGUUAUUUCUGUAGAAUUUUUACAGUGUUCUUCCAGUAUUUUCAAUUAGCGCCAAAUGAUUUGAAAUACCAUUGGCCUUAUCCGUAAACUAUCACACCAGACUUUUAGUUUAAAAUAAUCUAUUAUAAAAUCUAUUUUAGAAAGCCCCAUGGUGCUAAAAGGCCCCCACUGGUAUAAAUCAAAAUAGGGAUUAUUUUAUUUGUUUUGGGGGGGACUUGAAUAUUCCUCUUUUAUUUUUAAACUGCAUUUUCCCCUGUUAUUUGGUGAUGCAAAAAGUUUGAGCCAUAAUAUGUUUAAAUUGUAUACAUUGCAUUCUGUAAUUUUCACUUGGUGUUCUGAUAAACCAAGAAGUUGUAUUUUAACUGACAUAUCAAUUAUUCCAUUUUCUGGUUCUAUGACUUUAGUGCAUUAAUCUACAGAAAGAAAAUUACAUUUUUCCCAAGCAUUUCUAACUUUAGACAUGAUGGCAUAAUGAAUUUGAUACAUUUACAGUAAGGUAGCAACAACAUUCAAAAUGUAACUGUGCCAAAUUUUAUACAUAUAGAAACCUAGAUGUUUUAAGGCUGCAUUUCUGUUGUAUAAGUUCAAACAUAUAUCCUUACUUUCAGAUUACUGCAAAUCACAUCCAAAAUGACCUUUUUUCUUCAAGUUAUUUAUUUUUUAUCCAUACAAUCUCUGAAAUUUGUUUUACUGUGUUCUUGCUAAACUAUAUGUAUCAGUACAAACACAGUUAUUUGGUUCAAAAGUACUCUUGGUGGUGAAUCACUGUGAAAAUAGGGGACAGUUAUUCAUUUAUAACCUCUGUGUAUAUGUGUAUGGAAUAUGCAGAAACUAACCCCUUAUUUAUUAACAAUAUCUGUUAAAAAUUCACUACUAGGGAGGAUAUUAACUUAUAAUCUUGAGUGUAUUUUUGUUUUGCAGAGUGACAAGACGAUCCUCAGAUUUUAAUUUAGAAAAUAUUAAAAAGAAUAUUUGAAUUGAAUAUUUUAAAAAGUGAGAAAAAAAUUGUUUUAUGUGCCACACAAAAGAAAAAUCUACAAAUAUAAGAGCUUUUUCAUUAAACUGGAUGUGGGAUGGUUCUGAAGGGACCUGAAAACCCUCUAAGAACCAACAUUGUUUCUUCUAUAAAUUAUGCAUACUUUGAAUCAACAUAACUAUGUCCAAGAAAUAGUUUCUCUUCCUUCUCUCUUGAGCCUUGGUAGCCAAAUGGUCUAAGUAGUUUAUCUGCUGUAUCACUUGCAUGGUGAUGCCAACCAGGAGGUAGGGAGUUUGAACCCCUCACCAGGUAGGUGUUUGACUCCAAUCAUACUUGUUUAGGAUUGACAGUAUCCUAUACUGAGAUGAGUGUUCUCUCCAGCCACCCCUAAAAACUGACCACUGUGAUAUAGCCAAGACAUUAAACCCAAAUAAUCAAUCUUUAAAAAUACACUCAUAUUUUCUUCAAUUUGAAAUUCUAAUGCAACAACGUUUGUAACGUUCAUUUUGAUUGGAUAACGUCACUUUCUUACAUGGCAUCAAUUGACAAUUGAUGCUAUGGGGCAUACGUGCAAGUGCAGACGCCAUAUGACAGAUUUUAAUUACAUAUUUUAAUAUUUUUUUCUGUCAAUAACACACUCAUAUUUUCUUCAAUUUGAAAUUCUAAUGCAACAACGUUUGUAACGUUCAUUUUGAUAUUAUAACGUCACUUUCUUACAUGGCAUCAAUUGACAAUUGAAGCUAUGGGGCAUACGUGCAAGUGCAGACGCCAUAUGACAGAUUUUAAUUACAUAUUUUAACGUUUUUUUCUGUCAGUAAUACACUCAUAUUUUCUUCAAUUUGAAAUUCUAAUGCAACGUUUGUAACGUUCAUUUUGAUUGGAUGACAUCACUUUCUUACAUGGCAUCAAUUGACAAUUGAUGCUAUGGGGCAUACGUGCAAGUGCAGACGCCAUAUGACAGAUUUUAAUUACAUAUUUUAAUGUUUUUUUCUGUCAGUUUCAUUAGAAUGGAGAUAACAAUAUUGUAUUUUAAGCUCCGACGGCCUCAAUUGGGGAUUUGAUGGUCGCAAAUACCUGUUUACUGUGACCGCUAAAGCGUCGCCAGUAAACUUCAUUUGCGACCAUCAAAUACCCAAUUGAUGCUGUCGGAGUUUAAAAUACCAUACAGUAAUCUCCUAAAUAGUACUAUGAGGAUUCCUUCUUAUCCAAAGUAAUAACUCUUGAUAAAUGUUGGUAUUGAAAUCCUAUCUUGUAUUGAUUCUCAAAUACAAUUUUGCAAGAUGUGAAUAUAUAUAAUCCUAGUUAUCAACUUACAAAAAAAGUAUAUGGAUACAAUUCUGAAACUAAUACAGAGAAAUGUUGAAAAUCAAUUCCUUACUUCAUUUAUUUUAAAAUAAAUUAUUGUAUUUGUUUUGAUAGUUAUAUUGUAUCAUAGUGUAAAGUUAUGUAAAUAAUUUUAUAUUGUGAUUAUUAAAGAGUCAUUUUAUAGAUAA